GAAUGCAAUCCCGCUCAGCUUUUAUUUGCUGUUCAUGGCGUCUUGCUUAGUUCUAAGGACAAGUUGCUGUUUGACGAAUAGAUACGCGUAACAAUUCAACGACUGCCUGUGUUGUGUUAGCAGCCUGUGAAUGACACCAUGGAGGUGGAGAGUGUCAGCGUUAAAGAAGAAACGCGUUUGACCCAAAUGAGGUUCGACGCCGCCGUGAAAGUGAUCAAGAGUUUACCACCGAAUGGUCCCUUUCAGCCUUCCAAUGACAUGAUGCUCAAGUUUUAUAGUUACUAUAAACAAGCUACAAUAGGACCAUGCAAUAUACCACGACCUGGCUUCUGGGAUGCAGUUGGCAAAGCUAAAUGGGAUGCUUGGAAUUCUCUUGGAGAUAUGUCAAAAGAAGAAGCGAUGGCAGCCUAUGUUGAACAAAUGAAGCUGAUCCUGGAGGGCAUGCCCAUAACCAAUGAGGUGGAGGAGCUUCUGCGUGUCCUCGGCCCGUUCUACGAGCUGGUUGAUGAGAAGAAAAAAAUCUCCCAGAUAUCGGACCUGAGCACAGGAUUUGGCACUAUGCUAAAUUCCCUUGAAACAAAAAGUGUUGCAAAAAGCAUCAUAAGAAACAUGGAAAUGAACAGCAGUCUGGAGUCUCAACCUGCCAGACUCAAAGUAAAAGAAGAAAUGCAACAAGAGGAGGAGGAGGAAGAAGAUGACGAUGAUGAAGAAGAGGAGAAAGAGGAGAUAAUGGAAGUUAGAAAAGCCUCUCAACCAAAGAAAAAGAGUUCAACCAGGCGACACAAAUCCUCCCACCUGAACGGGAAACUGGCUAACGGGGUCACCCCUCUGACGAACGGGAGUCACACCAGAGCCGCUCUGAACAGCGACAACUCUCAGGAGGGCUCGGUGGGCGAGCCUCUGCUCAACGGACACCACACAGGAACCAAUCACCUGGCCAGCGACUCAGACAGUGAAGUCUACUGUGAUUCUGUGGACCAGUUCGGCCAAGAAGAGAACUCGGAGCACAACCGAUCUCUGGACGACCUGGAUGAAGAGAGCCACGUCCUGCUGCCUGUGGAGGAGCUGCAGGAGGAUGCUCAGGAUCCUCCGCAGGCCGUUCGAUGUGGGGGUGAAGAUGGAGAGGCAGGCGGGACACACAAACAGAGACUUGAUGUGGACAUGCCAGGCAGCUCCUCGUCUAGGAGAGGAAAGGGCUCCAGGUCUCCGGGGCUCGGUCCAGGAGCUCCCAUGCUGAUACACGGCGGUAGAGAUGGUGACGGCGAACGGUGGAAGGGUGCAGUAACACCCGGAGGGAGCCUGAAUGAGCAGAUUGUUGUGGCACUGGCCAGGCUGCAGGAAGAUAUGCAAAGUGUUCUGGAGAGGCUGCGCACCCUGGAGGCUCUCACUGCCAGCCAGGCAAGAUCAGUGGCUCUUUCUCCCACAUAUGGGUCACCUCCAGUGAAGAAGAAGAAUUGGAAACCAUCCUGGUGGCCUUUUGACAUUUCACCAGCCAGCGUGGCCUUUGCCGUUAUUUGGCCAUUUGUGGUUCAGUGGCUUUUUCGUUUAUAUUUGCAAAGAAGACGAAGACGCAUCAACUGAUCCAGCUCCCAGUCCGAAACCUACGGGGCACAGCCAUUAACGAGGCCCUAAAAUGUCUUCAAUUGGGCUGCUAAUAGCUGCAACUUCCUCCUUCCUGCUGAUUAAACUCACAGCCCACUAAUUUGCUUUUGCACUAUGAGAAAGGAUUUCGGAGUAGAAGAAGUCUGAUUUCUGGAGUGAGUUGCACUGCGCAUGUCGUAAAGAGGGAACAUGAAUGUACGGGCCUGUGAUUCAGUCAGGCCACUAUACUGGAAUCAGUUUUUUUUGUUUGAAAUGGUUUGUGUUGAGAGAGAAAAUCCAUAGUUGAAAUGUUGUCUGUUGGUUGUAGACCAACUACAGUAGCUUCUCGGUUAUCUCUGAAAACGUAGGUUUUGUUGCACAAAAAAAAGUUCAUAAUUUCAUUAGCUGCCCAGGUAAUGCUGCUAUAAUAAAACAUCAUAAUAAUUGAUGAAUACAAGUGAAGAUUGAAUUUAAAACUGUACUGAUGAGUGUGAUUCUUCCUCUUAGAAUAAGUAAAUAUUUAUUGAUUUUAAUGUGUUUCAGUUAGGGCAUUUUAGGCCAGAUAUCUAAAUGAGGUUUGUUUGUUUUUCUGUAAAGUGGUUGGCUGAAUUCAUAUCUGUAUGACUCAUCUGUCUUGCUUCAUAUCAGUUUAUUCACAUUAGGUUGGUCCAAAUUUUUCACAAGUAGGAAAAAGUGCCUCAUCGUCAUUGUAAGGUACACUUAUACUGUAGAUUGCAUUCAGAUUUCUUAACAUUCAGUUGUAGCUGUUUCAGGACUGGACCAAAUGAUCAUUAAUCGAACCAUCUGUUGAGCCAUGAGGUGGUGAGAAAUUUCCACUCAGAUUUCUGAUAACGGAUGCACAACGUUUCUGUUGUUUACGCUAUGUUGUCAUUACAUGCUAACAUUAAAACACUGUAAUAUAUUUAAUUUUUCAUUAAUGGAGAUAUUCAUUAUAAAUUGUAUACAGUAGCUGUACAGUUUAGAUCAAAAAGCAAUAUUUUAAUUGCAUCUGUGUAUUAAUGUAGAAUAUAUUUACAAAGACUCGUAUGUGAAUUACUGCUUUUCAGAGAAGAAAUGUUUUAAUAAAAAAAUAAACAAUGCUUUAUCUUUUUACUGAGAUGUACUGAAGCUUUCCUAACUGCUCUGCCCGUGCAGAGGAGUGUUUGCAUGUGAUAAUCGCAGCUUAAAAUAAAGUUUUAACAAGUCAUUGAA